AUGGCAUCUACGAACCAACCUAGCACCAUGGUGGUCCGUAGAGACCCAACACCUGAGGAGAUUGCACACUUUCUGGCUACCCGAACUGCCGCCCAGAUGUUGCAACUGGUGCAGGCCAUGAGAGACCCUGGAGCACAAGCCGCAUUGACGACGACACUCCUGCUUGCGCCGCCCGCCGUCUCGAAACACACGACCACUCCAGAGAAAGCAAAGAAGGCUCUCAAUGCAUUCGUUGGAUUUCGAUGCUAUUGUGUCCUCAUACCCGGCUUCAAGCUAUGGCCAAUGAAGACACUGUCCAACCCUAUUGGCAUCUUGUGGGAAGAGAAUCCUAAUAAACCCCUCUGGACCCUAAUGACGAAGACUUGGUCCAUAAUCCGGGAUCAAAUCGGCAAGAAAAAGGCCCCUCUUGACUUGUACUUUCGCAUCAUGUGUCCGUAUCUUGGCAUUCCUCAACCAGAGACAUACCUUGAGCACAUGGGAUGGAAGCUUGCCGCUGAUGCAGAAGGCGCGCCAUGUCUCUCCCGCGAGUAUAUUCCUGUGCCAGAGAUCCUUGAAGCCGGAGUCGAAGCUACGACACUCUCGGUUGAAGAUAUCAUCAAUUAUUGCCAGUCAAUGGGCUAUGCUCAGGAAUAUGUCGUUGACAUGAACCUUACCUCAUCAACUUUCCUUGGACAUACUAUUAGCACGACCCCCGGACGAGCUGCUGCGCGAAACAAGCGUCGAGCCAAGCGACAGGUCACGAGGGACCAUACGUUCGUCCCAGCCUUCCAUGAGGAGACCCAGUUCUAUGGCAACCUAACUAGCGUGCUCACGGAGUACAAUGCCAAUGUUCCCCGAGACGACGAGUUCAAUGAGUUUGUCGACUGGGCGGGCAGCUCUGCUGUCUAA